UGGGAAACGUCUCGCGAUACUUACAGAUUGACAAGAUCCAAGAAGAGUAGAAAUCGGAGAAGGGGAUAGCAAAAUAUCUUGUUUUUGUUGUGUUUUAAAGGAGGGACAAAUAAUUUAAUACUAAUUGUGUUGUCUAUAUAUCGACCCAAUCUUUAUUUUCGUUGCAUAUCAUUUAUUGUUCAGAGAGAUUUCAAAGUACGCGGCCACACAGUUCAAAUUGUAUGUUUGUGGUGCUAACUGUUAGCUGAUAGGCUAACUGGUAUAGCCAUUGAAGCAAUGGCGUUGAAAAGAAUUCAGAAGGAACUCUCAGACCUGCAGAGGGACCCCCCUGCCCAAUGCUCUGCUGGACCCGUUGGAGAUGAUUUGUUUCAUUGGCAGGCAACAAUAAUGGGUCCAAGCGACAGCCCAUAUCAGAGUGGAGUGUUUUUCCUCACCAUUCACUUCCCAACAGAUUAUCCUUUCAAACCACCAAAAGUUGCAUUUACAACAAAAAUUUACCACCCUAAUAUCAACAGUAAUGGAAGUAUUUGUCUGGAUAUACUGAGGUCACAGUGGUCGCCUGCACUCACAGUAUCAAAAGUUUUAUUGUCCAUCUGCUCUCUUCUUUGUGAUCCAAAUCCCGAUGACCCACUGGUACCAGAGAUUGCCCAUACGUACAAAGCUGACAGAGAAAAGUACAACAAGUUAGCAAGAGAAUGGACACAGAAGUAUGCAAUGUGAGAACACCAGCAAUAUCAAAACACGGUUGAGAACAAAAGAACCAAAUGAGCAACAAAGGGGAAAACAAACAAAUAAAAUAGUUACAAUAACCCUCAGUGAGGUACAGUGCCA